AUGGCUGAUGAGAUUCUGCUCGAGAAGAUCCACGAUCUCAGCGACCUCGAACUUGCCGCCCUGCUCAGUCUCGUGGCUCGCGAGCACUGCCUGAUCAGCACACCAUCCGAUGCCCUCGAUGACCUGCUCGAAGAAUUGCAGCUUGUCGCCAGUCGAACCUUUGGCCUCAGCUGCGCGGUGAUCAAUUGCGACUCGACGACAACCUUGGAUACGUUCGCCGCGUCUCUUCUUGUGAAGAAUCAGCAGACGCCAACUGCCACGGCGUACGCGAGCACCAACUCGCACCUAGCACUACACGCACAGCGCCAGAAGCCAAAAUCUAGCGACCAGAAUUCACUGCAUAUCGCGAAUUUCAUCCUUGCGCGCAACCUCCACUCUGCACCGCAUGCGGUACAAAUACAAGCUUUGGAGCUCCUGAGGACUAGACGGAUCUUCACGCACACGGCAGUGCACGCAGCACCGAAACAGUUCCUUUUCCUUCCCGUGUUGGGAGCAGAAAGAGGCGGCGCGGCAAGGGUUACGAAGCACUUGAACGAUUACAUGUUUAUUGGACACUGGCAUGACCCAGAGGACGGGUAUGUCAAUCUCGAAGACGGCGACGACAAUGUCGACGUCGAAACAGCGUCGACAGGCAGUGUGGUCAAAGACAUUGCCAGAUUAUCCACUCUAAGCCGGCAAGUCGACGUCGAUAUCAAUGUCACCCGAUACCGGAUGAACAUCAUCUCCUUCUUGCGGAUGCACCGCGCUGUGGCUGAUGGGAUUAGCCCCACUGCUACCAAGCAUCUAGAGCUGUUGUGCCGAUGCCUUGCGCCAUUGCACAAGGUCGGCUUCGUCACGCCGGCGCUCGUGGGUUUGGCCGCACGUAAAGUAUACAUACACCGCAUCCGCAUUGCCAAACCUGAAAACGAGCGAAGCAUGCAAUGGGGCAGCAAGCUAGGUGCCGUUGAGGCUAUACUGGAUGGUGUGGGGCCGGAAGAGGUCAUUGAAGAUGUUUUGACAAUGGUAACGGCACCUUUGUAA